AUGGAACUGAAGCUGGAAUCAUUAAACCUAGAAACUGGCAACAUUUAUCCAGCUUUUAUUUUUGGAACCCUUGCAUAUUUAAUUACUAUUUUCUUUAAUAUGUUAGUGUUAACAACGAUUGUCUUCACAAAGAGUUUACAUAAGCCCAUGUUCCUCCUGCUGUUAAACCUACCAAUAAUGGACAUGAUUGGAGCCACUGCUUUUCUACCACAGCUUGUAACCAGCAUUGUUUCCAAAAACCGCGCUAUUUCCUACCCUGGGUGUUUUCUCCAGGCUCUGUCUAUUCACAUCUAUGGUACAGGGAACUUAAUGUUUCUAAGUGCGAUGGCUUAUGACAGGUAUAUCGCUAUAUGCUUGCCUCUUCGGUACAAUGCUAUCAUGACCUCAAAUAUUUUAAUAAGAAUCAUCACUAGCAUUUGGUUGGUUACCAUCUCUUUGAUUGGCAUCCUUUUAGCUCUUUUUGCACGGUUCAAAAUUUGUAGGAAUAGAGUAGUAGAUGUAUACUGCAAUAAUCCCUCUUUGGUAAAACUGGUCUGUGAAGACAGCAGCGUAAAUAACUACUAUGGUUUAUUCACUAUCAUAUUAAUUCAAGGUGGAUCACUAUUAAUAGUUGUAUACACAUACAUCCAGAUAUUGUUGACUUGUGCUAUCACUAAGCAGUCAGAUGCUAGGGGAAAGGCUCUCCAAACAUGUGGAACACAUCUGAUUGUUUUUAUAUUUUUAGAGGUUAAUACUGCAAUCAGUUUAAUCUCUCACAGAUUUGAGAGUGUGUCCCCAUACUUGAGGAGAGCCCUAGGUGUAUCCAUUGUUGUAUUUCCCCCAUUACUCAAUCCAAUUGUAUAUGGAUUUAAAACCAAGGAACUCAGGCGGAAUAUAAUCCGUCUAUUUAGAAGAUCAUGA